AUGCCUCGCUUACGUGCCUUCUUCGUGCCACUUGUCGUUGCAAUUGUAGCAAUAUUACUUCAUGCUGCUGCGGCCCAACGCAAUCCUAUCAAAGAGGCUUUGUAUCUAAACAGUGAUGUCUAUAGUAACGCCUCUUUUGAAGAUUGUGUAUGGCGUCGCGAGAGAGAGCCCUGUCCCGACGCCAACGUCUCUCUCAACUUGUAUACUGAGGCGGAACCCUAUAAAAAAGUGGUAGACCUCUACAGCGAAGACUGGCUGCGUCAAAGUGGCUGGGAGCCCUCGCAUGAGACAAUUCUCCUGAUUCAUGGUUACGCGGGUGGCGACGACACUCUGCCUAUCAUUGUACUUAGAGACGCAUACCUUCGCCGCGGUGGCUACAACGUGUUCAUGCUGGACUGGGGGGCGCUUUGUCAGCCGCCGUGCUACGUCGCUGCAGUACACAACCUGCGUCCCGUAGCUCGCUGUGCAGCAGAAGCUCUGGCCACGCUCCGCCAGGCCGGCCUGCGACCUGACCGACUCACUUGUGUGGGGCAUUCACUCGGCGCGCACCUGUGCGGCAUCAUCGCCAACUAUCUAACCUUCAGACUUAACAGGAUUAUUGGACUGGAUCCAGCCCGUCCUCUUAUCCGCUCUGCGCCGGCUUUACGUCUCGACCCCGGCGAUGCUCGUGCAGUUCAUGUUCUGCACACAAACGCCGGUCGAUACGGAGAAGCGGCACGACUGGGUCACGCCGAUUUCUGCCUUAACGGUGGCCGCAGCCAGCCGUAUUGUGAAAAUACGCCAAACGAGGCGCUGUGCAGCCACGUGUGGUCGAUCUGCUACCAGGCGGAGAGCUUGUUCCGCGCGCGCGACGCGGCGCCGUGCGGGCGGCGCUGCGCGCUGCACGUGCCGCCCGCCAGCGCCGGCGCGCUGCCCGUGCCGCUCGGCCAGCCCGCGCCCCUCACAGCGUAUGGUACGUACUGUCUCGAGGACUUCACGACCCCGUUCUGUCCCGCGACGACUGGCCUAGCGGAUGGAGAUCCGCGCUGCUGCCUGGACAAACAAUACGCGGCCGCCGCCACCGCCGCUCCGCACAGGGUGCGGCCUCGACCGCUCAUGGGAUUGCGCGCCCGACGCCUCAAGAAGUUCGGCGCCAUAGAUUAUAAUUCAACAGAUUAUUAUAUGUAUUAG